AUGGCUCCCAAUGAAAACAAACCAAAUGAACAGCUCACAGGACAGAGUCAAAACAACCCGGCUGAAACCAAGCAACUGAAUCGGAAUAAACAAUCACAUAACUAUACUGAGGGCCGUGCUCGAAUGACCAUUGAAUCUCAGUUAGACUUUUUGGAAAAAGUUAUUGUCACAACGGAUACCAUUAUUGCUUGGCCAAUCCGAUGUGCUGACCCUCCAGUAGUGGUACAGCAAGAGGAUAGCGAACAGAAAACAAUUAAAGAGGCCAAAGAUCAUGCACUGGCAAUUCAAAGUGCUUCAUCUCGAGGUGCUAUCAAUUCUGGUGAAGAUGAAUGUCCUAAUGUUUCAGUUCAGGUGAAAGUGGAUAGUACGACUGUACAACAUCCAACAGCUUGUCAUGCAUUUGAUAUUCAGGCACAUGUACAAAUUAAACAGAAAUUCAGUCCUACACGAAUCGGCCAUACAGGAACGAAUGAGCCGGGAACUUCAGAAAAGAGAAACACACUUGUCGAAUCCGAUAAUGCACCGGGGACGACCAGUGUCCCGGCCAGAACUAUGAGUCCCAUACACUCUUUCAAAUCUCGUGUAGCAUUCAGUUCUCCAACAGAUCCAACCAUUUCCGGUUCGGUUACGAUUCAAGGACAUAUUUCCCCGGACGGUAAGUUACUCAUCGCCCAAGAUGGGAUCGCCGUUGAUGAGAGUACUCAAUAUUCUCCUCAGUCUGCGUCUCACCAACAGCGUGCCGACAUGGUGUCCAAUGUGGGUCAGAGUGCAAUCAAACUGAAAGAACCGAGUGGCUCUGAAACGGUGGUGAUCCCAACGCAAACAGUGAUGCACUUGGAACCGACGUCCAAGUAUCAAAUCGAAGUUCAAGAGAGCUGCACAUACGAUCAAACUCCAGAGGGAGCAUUGGAGUUGCGCUUGUCUCGUACACUUGAGAUUCAACCGACCAAUGAAAAAGACGGCACGGAACAGAUCGGUGAUCCGGCAAGACAAGAUGCGGCAGAGGUGCUCCAAUUGCCGUCCCCGGAACAGACAAAAACGGAACCUUUGGGUCUAUCGGUAGAGAUGGUAGAUGAGUCAAAAUUAAACGAAACGUUAGAGAUGAAACAAAGUGAUUUUGGUCCGGACGUCGAACAAGACAUGGACUCACCGGGAAAUGCUCCGGUCUCUGAUAAAGUGAUGAAGGAAAUUGAAGCUACACUUAAUCAACAAGCUGAUACCGUCGAAAACGCAGCCCUUCCUGUGAAUACACUACCACUUGCAUCGGAAACAGUGAAUGUUGUGGACCAAGAACCGUCUGGUCUGGCGGAUGAAUACAAAAAAUUGACAUCAAAGAGCUCUGGUGGAUCUGAUGAGGGGUUGCGGAGGGAUACGAAUGAGCAAGAGGGUGAAAAAGAUGAGGCUAAGGAUGAAGCAAUUCAGCAGGAAGAAGGUGGAUUGGAGCGAUGUCCGGAACAAGCAGAUGAUAUUGAUAAUGUGGAUAACACACAGUUGGUGGAAACCAACCAGAUCCUGAGCGAAGUUCAAUUAGAUAAAAAUGAUGCAGACAAGGAGCUGAUAAAUCUGGCUGAGGCUGAAGAACCAGUGCAGGAUGUAGUCAAUUCAUUCAUUCAGACCGAUAACGUGGUCCCUCAGGAAAUUAAUACAAUAGGAAUAGAACAAUCACUCGGUCAGAAGGUAAGUGAGGAACAGGAAGGCCCAUCAGCAUUACCAAUGGUCGAUACGGAUGGAAUAGGUGGGGAAUAUAUUGCUACUACUGAUAUACAAGAGCCGCAGGAAGUACGGGAGCCGACAACUGGCGAGGAACCAGUGGUCACGUUACCUGAGGAUGUACAACUGGAUGUUGUCCAGACUGUUCCACGUGAGGAGGAAAAUCCAAGUGAGCAGAAGAUCGAAGAUACGCAAGAGGAUCAGGUAGCACCGCUUGUGGCAAACGAGAGUGAACCCGUUGAAGAGGAUCAAGCACCCAUUUGUGUACAGGAAUCCCAGGAAUUACAGUCUCCAACGACCGUUGAGGAACCUACGUCACGUGACGAAGUAGUUCAGCCAAACGAAGAUCAACCAGCCCCGGUGCAAAAAAUCAAAGUGAGUAUUAACGAUACCGAGGAUGAACCGCCUCAGCCCGAUGAGGAAAUCAGCACACAACCUGAGGAAAAACUGGCAAAUGAAGUGAUAGAAGGCAAUGAGGAUCAACUACCGAUUGAAAAGAACCUCGCAGAAGGUGAUCCAGAGUUAACAGAAGCGCAAGCGAAACCCUCAGAACCUAAACCAGAAGAGCAGACGGCGCAAGAUUUUCCAUCGGUUGAGAAGUCACAGACAACAGAUGGUCCGGUACCUGUAUUGGAAUCACGGGAAUCUACAAUACAAAAAGAAAAAGAAUGUCACGCAGUGGCUGCAGAUAUAACCAAUCAAGUUUUGGAGACAGCAUUUGACAGAAUAGCUCGGUCUGUGCCAGAGAAUGCGACCUCACCGGAAUUGCCCACGGACACGAAAGAAGAAUCAACUACGGUGGGCCCUGGUGAGGAUAUUCCAGCCCCAGUGGUCGAGGAAAAUGAAGAACAGAAACAAGAUGUACAACCUGUACAAUCCGCUGUGGAAUCUGCGGGUCACGAGGAGGUGGUUGUUGACACUACCACACUUACCGAACGCAGAUCAUCCAAAUCCAAAGAGUUGCCCACAGAAUUAAAAAAUCCGGUAGUGUUGCAGAGCCCGGAGUUAGCUGCAAACAGUGAGGUUGAGCAACUGCCAGUGAGACAAUACGGGGACAAGAUACUUUGCGAUGCGGAAGUCAGUACAGUUCCAGAUGAUCUGGGUUUAACGGGGUUGGGUAGUGAUGGUGUAGAAUCAGAAUCGUCUCAAAGUUUGCAACACUUUCGUUAUCGUCAUCGUCGAGUUUAUCGUGGCACGGGAGUUGUGUCUGAGCGUAACACACCCACUCUGUCACACAGAGGGGAAAAAGGGCACCGUGGUAAACGUGUAGCACGCCAGCCAACCGGUGAGAUUACCGCAGCGCCAAAUGAAACACCCAGUCCAGGAAAAAUGGAAAAUUCAGACGGUUCAGGCACCCAGACAAGUAGUGAGGGAUCGGAAUAUCAACGAAUGACCAUGAAUUUGUUGAAUACUCUGACCACAACCGCAGAAUUAUUGAAAACACAACUUCGAAGACAAUCGAAUGCAAAGGCACGAAAACGGGGCCAACGAAAUGCAAAUGAAAAACCGGACGAAGGAACAGACAAACAGAUGAAACAUAUCCAGGAUUUGGGUUCAAUGAACGCGCAAAAUGCGAGCUGUGCUGAACCCGAUAUUUGGAACAAAUUUUGGCCCACACUCUUCCGACAAAGGAGCGAAAUAAACAAAUAUGAUCUCGGUAAAACUAAAAGAAAAAGAUAUCUGUCCACAUGUUCUAGAAGGGACCUGAUUCGGGACCCGUAUGUUUCCGAACUAUACACAUCGCUGGUGCGUGUUGUUAGGCCUCACGAUGAUAACAUUAUUGGCAUGGCCAAUAAACGGAUUGUAGAUGGCAUUGAAUCUUGUUCUUCAUGCUUUGCAAACCCCACACGGUUGUGUCAUUCACACACUAUCAUGCUUGAUGAUAUAAUAUGUCCCACGCACGAAUAUUCACUAAUUGCUCAGAAUCGAUUUUAUAAACCAGCCUCUUUUUUGCACCUAGACAGCGAUCAGUUUCACAUGGCCCGACCGACUCAAGUUUUGCAUGAGGCAGUAGAGGAGGAUGGUUCGUCCAUUGUUUCCACAGAAUUAAACCCCUGUCUUAGUCCACGAUCACAGCUACCAAUCUAUCAAUCUCCAAAAGUAUCCAAGAAAAAAAGUGUAAAUGAUCAGAAUUUGGCGGGACAGAAAUUCCCUAAACGGACCGGUAUUAAAACAGCUUUUCGAGACACUACAUCUCAGCCAUGCAGCCAAUGCCAAGCACUUCGAAGUAUCCACAAAUCAACAAUGUCUGCUUCGACUUCCACGAGCUUAUCCGAGGAAUUGCCUUUAGAACUCGGCCAAAAUGAUCGACCGAAGCCGUGUACCACUCAAUGCAUUCUAGGGUGUCAUCAAAGUGGACUUGCGGAUUUGCACAAAAAAUCUAGUCGAAUAACACAUUGCUCUGAGAUCGAAUCAUUGAAGAGAUGCUUUCAGGGAUUGUGUGAUUAUAAUGAAUUCGGUCAAACAAUGAAAUUAGUACCCGAACAAUCUACCGGAUCCCGAUCACACGCGCGAUCGGCAAGCGUUUACAAAACUCCGCUAAACCAAACCACCAUAUUAAACGCUGGUGGUGAAUGUGAGAUGCCCCUGACGGAAGUGAUGCAAUCCUCUAGCCCGACCACAGAACACGGCUUGACGCAUAACCGAAAACUGAUCGUCAUGAAUCGUUUAGUGCCAAGGAAACUAAAACGAAAACAGGAUAUCGCGAUGAAAAUCGCCCAAACUUUGCUCAAACGAAAAUCGGAAAAUAUGGAGGAAUCGGAUAAGACAAUUUCAACCGUUCUAGGCCAGCCUUCAUCGGACAAACCAUUGUCCUACUGA